AUGGUCGCCUGUAAAUUCUUCCAGCAGGGUCGCUGCAGAUAUGGCGAUUCCUGCAAAUUUGAACAUCCCGGCCGUACGACGGGCUUAUCAGGCAAUCGAUUUGGUGCCCUAUCUGGAGGGUUUGGGGGUCAAGAUUCACAAAAGCAACAGUCCAACUACAAUUUGAAACACGAUGAUAUCAAGGUGGACCUCACUCCCGGACAAGGUCGACCACAAUGGGUAUUCUCAUCGUACGCACCGCUUCGCGAUCUUCCGCGCCAGCUAUUUGGUGGCCCUCAACGAGAGCAAAGCAUGGAAGAGAUGCGCCUCCGUCACUACCAAGCUGUAGCUGCUGGUAAUCCAGCCCAGGCAAUCCAAGAGGCUGAAGCUUUGUACGAAGAGUCUGUGAAUCAGAUGAAUACCGCCCUGAAUGAUAUCAACGGUGCUAUUAAGUACAUCACUGAUGGCGCUAAUGAGCAUCCGAACCGAAUCGAUAUCACUGAGGGUAACACUGCCCCAGCUCCAAACCAAGCACCAGCAGCUGGCCAGAGUGCCUUUGGACAACCUGCCUUUGGACCACCAUCCGCUCCCAAUCAGGCCUCUAAUCAAUUUGGAGGUUCUUCCUCUGGCUGGGGACAGCCCUCACAGCCUGCACAACCCGCACAACCCACACAACCUGCAUUUGGCGCCCCAUCAGCUUUCGGUCAGCCUGCCACCCUCGGACAGAGCCAAGGCUCUGCGUUUGGACAACCAUCUACUCUUGGUCAAGGUUCCGCUUUUGGCCAACCAUCGUCACUGGGACAAGGCUCUGCGUUUGGACAACCCUCAACCGUCGGUGGUCAGAGUGCAUUUGGACAGCCAUCAACCGUCGGUGGUCAGGGUGGAUUCGGAAAACCAACCUUCGGUCAGUCAGGAUUCGCCCAGGCCGCCAACAAUAAGCCCGGCUUUGGACAACCAGCAUUUGGCCAGCCCUCAGCGCCAGCAGCACCAGCGGCACCUUUCGGUGCUGCCGCUACAGCUUCUCCCUUCGGUGCUGCUGCCAACCAACAAACCAACGCAUCCCCAUUCGGCCAAGUAGCUGCCCAGCAACCCGCUGCUACGUCUGGAUUCGGCCAACCAUCAGGAUCCGGAACCUUCGGUCAACCAUCUACAAAACCCUCACCAUUUGGUCAACCCCAACAGCCACAACCAGCUCAGCCAACUCCAUUCGGGCAGCCAUCCGCGCCCUCAGCCGGCAACGCAUUCGGGGCGCCAUCAAAACCUGCCGCUCCCUUUGGUCAACCCGCUGCAGCACAAGGGUUACCAGUAACCAAUGCUGAUGUUGGCCCACCCGCAUACCUGGCGAGUACAAAGCCUGGUGAAUUGACCCCCGUUCCAAGACUGCAGGGUGAAACCCGGCGCGAUCCUAACACUCAGCGUCUCACCAUGUGGAAAGGUCAGCGCGUACAAUAUGUCGAUGAUCAUCCAUGUUACAUACACCCCGAGGAUAACGAGACGCUUGUUCGUGUAAAUUUCCCCGACGGGGCCCCUGAACCUGGGACUUUCCGUGACUCUCAAGGAGAGCCCGAGGAGUAUACCCCCGAAAUCGAGGAGAUGUACAAGUUUUUCUUGGCCAACGGCCGCUUCAAGGACGAUAUCAUACCACCGGUGCCACCGAAGAAAGAGUGGAUCAGCUUUGAUUUCUAA